CCUAAUGUUAUAACCAUGGAGUGGCUGCUACAAACCUUUGUUAGCUAAACCUAUUAUCUAAGAAAGGAAUUUUAAUUAAAUCUGAUUAUGUCUGGAACUAAAAAACACGAACAUUCAUUUUAUCUCGGAAACAAAGCCAUGCCACCCAUCACGUCUGUGAGUGACAAGAACUUCUUGGAAUCUCUCUCUGACUACAUUCAAAGUGAGAAGGAAUACCUUCAGUGCCCAGUGAAUGGCUCAGAUGAGCAACGCUACAUCAUUUACAGUACUGCAUUUGAUAAGGUUAUUGAGUAUGCAACAGCCUACAAGACCAUUCUCACUGCGAUAAAAAAAGAAUACGAUAGCUUCAUUAGUGCCAUAAGGAAAAGUGACUGUAAAGCCAAGUUGGCACAAGGCAAACUGAAGGCCAGAGUGGCACAGCCCACAUCCCUCAUGUACUGCCAGAGGAGAGCUGUCCAGCUUCAGGAGAGGAUUGCAAUUAUCCAGAGAGACACAGCCGAACUUCAGGCUAAACUAAGGAGACAGCAGGACUCUAGGAAAGACAAGAGACCCUCAAUUCCAGGUCUGACAUUUGAUGAGUCAAUGAAUCCAGCGGCCCUGGCUGAACAUCUGGAGUACCUGGAGAAGAAGAAAGCAGAUCUGCAGAGCAAGAGGAAGAGCCAGUACGUGUCUAUGCAGGUCAAAACUGACCUGGACCAGAAGAUGAGGAUUGCCCUGGACCAAAGGGAUGAGCUGGUUGUGGACAAUGAGAGGCUUCAGAUCCGAUAUAAACAGCUACAAUAUCUCAAUGAUGCCUUCAUUACCUGGGAGAAGACAGGAAGAGAGGUCCCUCUGUUUGAGUUCAUCACCUCAAAACUGGAGGACAUCUCCAAACUGAAAGUGAGCGACACAGACUGCCAUGGCGCUAUGGCGUUUGAGGAGGAUGACCCAAGUAAGGUCAAUGACUCAGAGCUUCUGGUGGACUACAUUGAGAGAUUUAUUAACCUCUUUGAAGCAGGUGAGUAUGAAGCGGCAGCGUUUCACGCAGCGAAGUCUCCUCACGGAGUUCUGAGGAACACGGAAACUAUGGAGAGGUUCAAAGCAGUGACAGUGUACCAAGGAGACCUGCCUCCCCUCCUCCUCUUCUUCCAGGCCCUGAUGAUCUCAGCGCAUGCUGGCACACAGCUGCCCGACCAGUCCCUGUCAGUGGAAGGGGUCUGCUGUGCCCUGGAAAACAACUUUGUAGAGCUGGUCACACACUGGGUCACUCAGAAUAGACUUACUUACAGCGAGGCUAUGGGAGAUGUCAUCUGUGAGCACGGCGACAGGAAGCCGUAUAUGGCCGAUGCAUGCUUGGCACUGGCACAUAUCAUCUAUAAAUCAUGUGGAGUACUUCGUAAGGCCGCACUGAGCAUGUGCAAAAGAGGCAUGACCAAUGGGGUCAUAGAGUUUAUUUAUCAGAACAAAGACUUCACUGCAGACGAUUGUUUGUAUGUGCUGCGUGGCAGCCCCAGCCUGGACAUGCUCUGGGCCUUCACCCAGCCCUACCAGGGCCAGCAGGCCAGGCUGUCUGUAGGCUUCGUCUGCCACACCUUCCUCAGGUCAGACCUGGAAGAUCUGGCCCUGCGGCUGCUGGGAAACAUCUGCUCUGCAGGAGCUGGAGCUUUAGAAAAGGUGAUCCUGGAGGAUGCGGUGUGCUCAGGCGACAGCUGGGGUGAGAUUGCAGGUGUCUGUGCUCAGAGGAACCAUCCACAGCUCUCUCAAGAGAUCCAGGCCAUCUUGCUUUCCCUGGACAGGGCCAUGAAGCUCUCCCUGGUGAAAGAGGGGGCCAGGCGGGUGGAGCAAGUGUUCAUGUAGGCCUGCAGACAGCAGAGGGCACACUAGGAUAGAUACACAUUCACUGUCCUCUUAGAAUACGAGCCCCAGAGCAUACUGUAGCGACCCUGGUCUGGCUUCUUUAGAGACAAACCCAUUCUUAAUCCAUUGAUCCACCCUGCUGAGAAAAAAAACACACACACACAGACAUCCAAAUACAUCCACACAUCCCUGUGGCUAAUCAUGAUCAUUAAACAUUAAACUGAUUGUA